AUGGAUCAAACCGAGCUAUCUACGGACCAGGUUCUGAGGAGGGAUAUUCCAUGGGAAACUUAUAUGACUACGAAGUUGAUCACGGGAACAGGGCUACAGCUGUUGAGGCGCUACGAUAAGAAGCCUGAUAAUUACAAGGCUCAGUUGCUUGAUGAUGAUGGUCCAGCUUACGUUCGUGUUUUUGUUAGCAUAUUGCGUGACAUAUUCAAGGAAGAAACUGUGGAGUAUGUUUUAGCUCUGAUUGAUGAAAUGCUUUCAGCGAACCCGAAAAGAGCAAGGCUAUUUCAUGAUAAUGCACUCUCGAACGAGGAUACAUAUGAGCCUUUCCUAAGAUUGCUCUGGAAAGGUAACUGGUUUAUCCAAGAGAAGAGCUGCAAGAUACUUUCUUUGAUUGUAAGUGAAAGGCCAAGUUCAAAAGAUGGUGCAAUUGUCAAUGGGGCUGCAAAGUCGAAGAAGGAGAUCACUACGAUUGAUGAUGUUUUAAAGGCACUGGUUGACUGGCUUUGUUCACAGCUAAGGAACCCAUCGCAUCCUAGCCGUGGCAUUUCCACUGCUGUUAAUUGCUUUGCAACUUUACUGAAAGAACCGGUGGUUCGAUCUUCAUUUGUUCAAGCAGAUGGAGUGAAAUUGCUCGUUCCUUUAAUUUCUCCAGCAUCAACUCAACAAUCCAUCCAGCUCCUGUACGAAACCUGCCUUUGUUUGUGGCUUCUCUCAUACUAUGAACCUGCAAUUGAGUACUUGGCCACUUCUAGAUCUUUGCCUAGGUUGAUAGAAGUCGUCAAAGGAUCCACUAAGGAAAAGGUUGUCAGAGUAGUUAUCUUGACUCUUAAGAAUUUGCUACACAAAGGGACAUUUGGUGCACAGAUGGUAAACCUUGGACUGCCGCAGCUUGUUCAGAAUCUAAAAGCUCAGGCAUGGAGUGACGAGGAUCUGCUGGAAGCUCUGAGUCAACUGGAAGAAGGAUUGAAAGAUAACAUCAAGCUGCUAAGUUCUUUUGACAAGUACAAGCAGGAAGUGCUCCUCGGGCAUCUUGAUUGGUCACCUAUGCAUAAAGAUCCUAUAUUCUGGCGGGACAAUGUUACAAAUUUUGAAGAACAUGAUUUUCAGAUCCUUAGGGUCCUCAUCACGAUUUUGGACACGUCCUCCGACCCUCGAACACUAGCUGUUGCCUGCUAUGACCUCUCCCAAUUCAUUCAAUAUCAUGCUGCUGGUCGUGUCAUCGUGACCGACCUCAAAGCCAAAGAACGAGUGAUGAAAUUGAUGAACCAUGAGAAUGCUGAGGUCACCAAGAAUGCCUUGCUCUGCAUCCAGAGGCUAUUUCUGGGCGCUAAGUACGCCAGCUUUUUGCAGGUCUGA